CAGUGCUGUAGUUGAACUUGACCCGGGUCCCGGUGCUGCAUGAAGAACCUGCUGCUGAUGGAUCCGCGUUAGUGACGUCAAUAAACCCACGAGCCGGUUCUGAGUCGGAGCGGCUGCUCCCUGAUCAGGUGACCGUCCACCUGUUCCUAGUGACGUCAUCCCGCUGCUCCCUGAUCAGGUGACCGUCCACCUGUUCCUAGUGACGUCAUCCCGCUGCUCGCUGAUCAGGAAGUUACUCAAAUUGAACUCAGACAAAAAAGCUGAAAACAACAACUUGUACGUCACUUCUCCUGUGGGAGGUUCUUUAUUGAGGACACGCCCCCUAGAUGAGCUUUCUGAAGGUCAGAAGGAGCGUUUAACACGCCUCAUCAUGUUGGCCAGGAAGGGUCUCCUCCCAGACGGGUUCCUGCUGACCCGUCUGGCCGAGGACCAGAACCAGCGGAGCCGAGGCCACUCCAGGUUCCAGAAGGCCCGCUUCAUCACCAAGACCGGGUCCUGUAACGUGGCCCACAAGAACAUCAUGGAGCAGGGCCGGUUCCUGCAGGACGUGUUCACCACCAUGGUGGACCUGAAGUGGCAGCACUCCUUCCUGAUCUUCACGUCGGCCUUCCUGUGCUCCUGGAUGCUGUUCGCCAUGAUCUGGUGGCUGCUGGCCUUCGCCCACGGGGACCUGGAGCCCCGGGACCUCGCCGGCGGGCCGGGCCCCGUGCCCUGCGUCACCGCCAUCCGCUCCUUCACCUCGGCCUUCCUCUUCUCCAUCGAGGUCCAGGUGACCAUCGGCUUCGGGGGCCGCAUGGUGACGGAGGAGUGCCCGCUGGCCAUCACCGUGCUCAUCGUGCAGAACAUCUUGGGGCUGAUCAUCAACGCCGUGAUGCUCGGCUGCGUCUUCAUGAAGACGGCGCAGGCCAACCGGCGGGCCGAGACCCUCAUCUUCUCCAGGAACGCCGUCAUCGCGUCUCGAAACGGGCGGCCGACCUUCAUGUUCAGGGUCGGAGACCUGAGGAAGAGCAUGAUCAUCUCUGCCACCGUCCAGCUGCAGGUGCUCAGGCUGAAGUUGUCCCUACAGGUGCUCAGGCGGACGGUGACGGCGGAGGGCGAGGUGAUCCCGGUGUGCCAGCUGGACAUCCAGGUGGAGAACCCCCUGAGGAGCAACGGCAUCUUCCUGGUGUCUCCUCUGGUGGUCAGCCACACCUUGGAGCGAGGCAGUCCUCUGUACGAGCUCUCCGCCCAGUCGCUGGCCUCCGAGGACCUGGAGAUCCUCGUCAUCCUGGAGGGUGUGGUGGAGACCACGGGGAUCACCAUGCAGGCCCGGACCUCCUACACCCCCGAGGAGAUCCUGUGGGGGCGGCGCUUCGUCUCCAUCCUGACGGAGGAGGACGGGCGCUACUGCGUCGACUACUCCAAGUUCGGCAACACGGUCCCCGUCAAGAUGUCGUCCCUCAGCGCCAAGGAGCUGGACCAGACCAGGGGGGUCCAGGAGGGCGGCUCCUCGGACCCCGUCAACCCGCAAGGCUGGGGGCUGGUCCGGGCCGGGAGGGGGGGCUUCCGCAGAGGAGGAGGCCGGGCCUGCGACGCCUCCCCCGCCCCCCAGCCCUGGUACGCCCAAUCGGAGCAGCCGCAGAGGGAGGCGGAGCAGAGGGGACGGAAGAAGAAGGUGCAGCUGGAGGUGAUUGGACGACAGAUGGACGAGGACGUGCUGGGAGAGACCAGCGACUGAGGACCAGGAAACCAGCCUCGUACGGGACAUGCUCACUUCCUGUUCACUGGUUGACAAAAACAAGAUGGCCGAAGCUUCAAAUAGUGUUCGUAACCAACGGGUGACAUCACCAUGGCGACGCCCACUUCUUAUGUAGAGUUUUGUCUGUCGCCAUCUUGGUUCUUUGAACAGGAAGUAACCAUAUCUGGACUGGGGAGGAGUGACCUAGAGACCUGUCAAUCAACUUGUAGCCCCGCCCUAAAGCAUCCCCUGCAUUAUGGUCUGUUUGACUCUAAAUGUCCAUAAUUUACUAAAUGAACAUCAUUCUGUAUUGAAGAAGACUUGAAACUAGAGAUUGAGACAAAAAACUCAUGGAAGAAUGUGAUUGGCUGUUAGAGGAGAACCAGUGAUGACUUCCUGUUGGUGGAAUAAGUUAUUCCUGCAGCUCUUUGAGCUACAAGAUGUUUGUUCAGUGUUGUCGUUCAUGUUCAUGUAUCUUCUCUUUUAUCACAAAUAAUAUCCCAGGAACAUAAAACAAGUGUGAACAUGUUAUUUAUAUUAUAUUGCAUAUAAGUCACAUAAAGGACAACAUUGGUUUUAAUCCUACAUAUUUUAGAUAUUUAUGUCUUAGGUUAGGUGUGAGGAUAUUAAUCCUUUACAUGUAUGACCUGUCUAUAAGGUGUUUAUGUUUAUUAAAUGAUACUUUCUGUUUCUCA